AUGGAUAACAUCGUCAACCCCACCACCAUCACCAUCGGUCUGGUGGUCGCAGGAGCAGGAGCCGCCUACGUCUACCAGAACGUGGUCGAGCCCCAGACAAAGCUUCAGCGAGCCGUCUUGGCCGAGCAGGCUCAGAAGGAACUUUUGGAGGAGCACGAGUCCGAGGCUGCCAAGCGUGGAUCCAAGAAGCAGCCAAAGAAGAGACCUGUCCAGGCAGGAGCUCGCCCCAAGAAGAUUGCCGAGGACAACGACACCAACAGCGCGGAUGAGGUCGUCGACGAGAGAGUCAUCUCCUCCAACCCUUACGAUCUCCUCGAUGCCACCCCUGCCCCGACCGUGAGCAAGAAGGCCGCCAAGAAGGCCGCUGCCGCUGCCAAGGCUGCUGCUGCUCCUGCUCCUGCCCCUGCCCCCGUUGUUGAGAAGACCGAGAAGAUCGAGGUUGACAUUCCUGCCCCUGCCAAGGUCUUGAGCCCCGUUGUCACCCCCGUGACCGCUUCUGUCGAUAUCGUCCAGACCAAGGUCGAAGAUACCAAGGUUGAGGAGCCCAGGGUGUCUGCCAAGAAGGCUAAGAAGGCUGCCAAGGCUGCUGCCGCCGCCGUCGCCGAGCCCGUCAAGGUUACUGAGCCCGUCAAGAUCGUCGAGCCUGUCAAGGUCGUUGAACCCGUCAAGGUUGCCGAGCCAGUCAAGGUUGCCGAGCCCGUCAAGGUCGCCCAGCCUGUCAAGGCCAAGGCUGUCAAGGAGGAGCCCAAAGUUGUUGAGAAGACUGUUGUUGUUGAGAAGGUUGUCCCCAACGAGGAGUUCGAGGCUCUUCGCGCUGCUUUGGCUGCCAAAGACAAGGAGGUUGCUGCUGUCACUGUCCAGGCCGAGAAGGUCAAGGCCCAGGUCGAGACUCUUCAAAAGCAGUUGGAUGCCAAUAGCGACGUCGUCAAGGCUGCCAAGAAGAUCGAGAGCCGUGCCCAGUCCGUCGACUCCAAGAUCGAGUCGCUCAACUUUACCAACUCUCUUUUGGUCAAGCAGCUCGCCGUCGAGAAGCAGAACAUCAAAGCCGCUCAAGAGCAGGCUGCCAAGGCUUCGGAAAAGUCUGGACGCGCCGCCGAGUUGGAGCAGCAAAUUCAGGAUCUUCAACAGAACCGCGUCCAUCUUGGCGCCCAGAUGGACCGUAUGAACGAGAUCAACCACGACUUGAAGCAGCAGCUUGCUCGCGUCGAGAACGAUGCCCAGCAGAUGUCGCGCAAUGUCAUGGAUGCUGAGCACCGCGCCGAGGCUGCCUUGAGAGAACGCAACGAGAUUCACCACAAGUGCUCGAUGAUUUUGACAGAGAAGGAUUCCAGGAUUGCCGGACUUGAGGCUGACUACAGAUCGUUGGAGAGUGAGCUCGAGAACUCAAAGUUGCAGGUCGAGCAGUACGCUGAUGCUGUCAGCCACGCUGAGGAGGUUGCCCGCAGCCAAGCCGAGUCGUUCGAGGGCGAGAAGCACUCCUUGAUCGAAGAGAUUGAUAUGCUUCGCGGUCAGCUUGCCCAGGAGUCGGAUAAGGUUGCACAGAAGGAGGUUGAAGUCAAGCGUGCUCAGGAUGAGCACAAGGCCUUGUCGUCUAAGCACGAGAAGCACAUCGCCGUUCUUUCGACUAAAGAGUCCUCUCUCUCUGCCAAGGAGGCCGAGCUUUCGACCAAGGUUGCCGAGCUGGCCGCCAAGGAGACCGAGCUCACGGUCAAGGUUGCCGAGUUGACUGCCGCCUACGAGAAGAUUACCACCGUCGAGAGCGGUUUGACCAAAGCCAAGAGCGAGGUCGCGGCCAAGGAUGCCCUGAUCAAGGAGCUUCAGGGCAACCAUGCCUCCACCGUCAGCACCCAGCAGGAGCAGUUUGACCAUUUGACCAAGGAGUUGGAGACCUCCAACACCCAGAUCGCCUCAUUGGUCGAGAAGCAGCAGACCCUCAACGCUCGCAUUGUCGAGUUGACCGAGAGGGCCACCGAGAACACCAAGAAGGCCGAAGAGCAGUCUUCUACCUUGAACAAGCGCAUUGAGGAGUUGCAGAAGGAGGUUGCCACCAAGGAGACCAGCCAUAAGACUGUCAUCACCGAGAAGGAGACCCUUGCCGCCGAGUUGGCUACUGUUGCUGCCUCGCACGAGACUGCCAAGAAGGCUCACGAUGCCGUCCACAAGGAGAAGGCCGAUCUCGAGGCCGCUGUCGCUGCCAAGACUGCCGAGGUUGAGGCCUUGAUCAAGGAGAAGGAGACCCUCGCCAAGGAGAAGGAAACUCUUGCCAAGGAGCACUCUUCCAAGUCCGAGUCGACCGAUGCUUUGAACAAGGAGAAGGAAACCCUCUCUGCCGCUGUUGCUACUAAGGUCGCCGAGGUCGAGACCUUGUCCAAGGAGAAGGAGGCCCUCGCUGCCGAGAAAGAUGCUUUGACUGCUGAGCUCUCUGUUGCUAUUGAGGCCAAGAAGACUGUCGAUGCCGAGUUGGAGACUUUGAUCGAGGCCUCGGAGGUCACCAAGGGCGAGUUGGAGGCCGAGCAGGCCGUGUUGUCUGCCCGCGUUGCCCAGUUGGAGUCCGAGUUGAGCCAGGCCCAGGUUCAGGCCAAGAAGGUCAACAUUGCUGCUGCCACCACCAACGGUGCCACUACCAGCAACGGUGCCGCCGCUGCCAGCGACAAGGUUGUUGUUGAGGAGGUCGAGUCUGUGGAGGAGGACAACAAUAACGAGGAUGGUGAGGAGAACGACUCUGUUGAGGGUGAUGUCAAUGUGCCCAACGGCGAGAAGAAGAAGAAGAAGAAGAAGAAGAACAAGAAGAAGUCUGCCGCCGCCGCUGCCGGAGCCACGGAGGAGAAGAUUGAUGUUCAGGAGAAGGAGGGCGUCGCCGUUGCCACCUUUUAA